AUGGCGGGCUCUUCGUUGCAGGACCGCCUGCGUGGGCAUGCACAGGCCUUUGAUGGCCUUCUUUCGCUGAUCCCGGCCAAAUUAUACUACGGCAAUGGAGACGAGCCAAGUGAACAAUGGCGCCGAAAAAAGCAGACCAAAGAAGAAAAGAACGCUGCCCGCCGGGCCAAUCUCGACCCGGAAAACGAGCUCAACAAGAGCGUCAAAGAAGUCAUGGAGGAGCAUGCGGCUCGCAACAAGCGGAAGCUUGCCGAGAUGAGCGGUAGCACCCAGGGCAAAAAAUCCAGUAGCAAACAGGCCGUGGAUAGUAACGACGAGGAGGACGAGGACGAGGACGAGAAAGAGGACGACAGCCAGGCUGAAAACGACGAUGACGACGACAGCAUUGUUGGUGACAUUGUCAAGGAGCAGCCGGGUGAGGGCUUAAAGAAGGCCAAAACGGAAGCAGCGGCUGCGAAGGGCGAGAGUGCGGCCAAGAAGCAAAAAGUGGCCAACGCCGCCGAGAAAGACGACGAAGACGGCGACCUGGGUAUCAGCCUCGCCGAUGCUAACCUCUCUGCAAAGCAGCAGAAGAAGCUAAUCAAGAAGCAAGCCAAGGCUGAGAAGCGGGCUGAGAAGCGCAAGAACAAGUCCGAGAAGAACGUUGCUCAGAAUGAGGACACCAAGAUGGCCCGCAAGAUUGAGGAGGCACCACAACCUGCCAAGGAUACCAAGAAGGAGAAGGAGGAGGCCAAGGCCGCAGUAGCCAAAGUUUUUGAGGCCGAUUCUGAUAAUGAACACGAGCAACACAAUGGCAGCCUCCAUUCGGGCGCCGGCUUCGCUGCCCUUCUUGGUGACGAGGAUGUCCCUUCAGCACCGUCUUCACCGUCCCCUACCCCUUCAGACACAUUCGACACCCCUCUACCUUCCACCGAAGCCAGGGAAUCUUCGAGCACGACCACCUCCAUCUCGUCAGUCUCCAUCCCCGCUUCUUUCUCGACUUCUCUCCUGAACCCCUCUACGGAAACUGCCUCCACCACGUCUGGCACGCCGCCAAAGACCAAGCUUCAAGUCCCUGCCGACACCUCGGCACUCCGUGCCCGCCUUGCUGCACGUAUCGAGGCUCUCCGCGCCGCCCGCAAAGCCGACGUUGACGAGCUUGACAGCAGUGGCAACGUCAUUCGUACCCGUCAGCAGCUCAUCGAGGCCCGCCGCCAGAAGCAAGCUGAGCGCAAGGCACACAAGAAGGAGCUGCGCAAGGCUACCCGCCUUGAGGAGGACCGCAAGCGCGAGGAGGCCAUUGCCUCAGCACGGGACUCGCCACUCGUUCAGCUGGGCAGCAGCAGCAGCAUGAACGGUGCCGCUGCCGCCAACAGCACGGGCGAGAUCGAAACCAACUUUUCAUUCGGCCGUGUCACCUUUGCCGACGGCUCCCAAAUGUCGCGCGACCUGUCGUACGUCAAGGACGCUAGCGCCAAGAAGAAGGGCCCCGCCGCGUCCGAUGUCAAGGCCCAGCUGGCACGUCUCGAGUCACAAAAGAAGCGCUUGGCCAAGAUGGACGACGUCCAGCGCCGUGAAGUCGAGGAGAAGGAGCGGUGGCUGGCGGCGCGGAAACGUGCCGAGGGCGUCGGGCGAGGCGAUGGUGGUGGUCUGACUGCGGCCGCUGCUGCAUCGGGCGCAAUUUCUACCGAAGGUGCGCGCCAUUCCACGGAGCAGCUGCUUAAGAAGGCGAUCAAACGCAAAGAAAAGGCCAAGAAGAAGAGCGAGCGCGAGUGGGGCGAGCGCAAAGACGGCGUGCAAAAGUCGAUCCAGGACCGCCAGAAGAAGCGCGAGGACAACCUGCGCAAGCGGAAAGAAGACAAGAUGCUGCACCGCGCGGGUCUGUCGAAACGAGCCAAGCAGGGCAGUGGAAAGAGCAAGGGCGGCCGGCCGGGCUUCGAGGGCUCGUCGUUUGGCGGCCGGAGAAAGUAG